AACACACAUGUGCUGAAAAGCAUAGCACGGAGCAGAUAGGGGCAUAGAAGGAAGAGUAGAGCAAGGUAGAAAAAGGAUCCUUCAUCUACCUACUACCCCUCUUUCAGCACCAAGGACAGAGGCUCUAAGGGCUGCCCCAAGCAACAGUCAGUUUAGGGUCCCUCCCAAAUCUUCCACAGAAAACGGAUGCACUCAAAAGCAGCUAUGACACAUGCAGUAAGGUCUAUUGGGGAAGCUGGAAAAGCAGCACGCAAGUGAUGUCACCUUAGAGGCAAAAUGGGUGAUUUUCUUUCUGUUCAUGUCCACAGUCUCUGUGUCUUGGGAAAGGCAAAGUUUGCUUUGCUUGGGCAUGUCUGCUGUCAGUAAAUGGCUACAGGAGCUGAGGUGCCUAAACUUCACAGUCGUCAGAAAUCAAAAGAAAUCUUCAGGGAUACCAUUGGGGUCGCUGCUCUCCCUCUGGGCUAUGGCGCCACUGAGUCAGCUGAGUGGUUACAUCAACUCCACCUGUGGGACAGACAACUUCACGGGGGCCAACCAGACUCGCCCGCAUGCCUACUAUGCCCUGUCCUACUGUUCGCUCAUCCUUGCCAUUGUCUUUGGCAAUGGUCUGGUGUGUGUGGCUGUGCUGAGGGAACGGGCCCUGCAGACCACCACCAACUACCUGGUAGUGAGCCUGGCUGUGGCAGACUUGCUGGUGGCCACCUUGGUGAUGCCCUGGGUGGUGUACCUGGAGGUGACAGGUGGCGUCUGGAAUUUCAGCCGCCUUUGCUGUGAUGUUUUCGUCACCCUGGAUGUGAUGAUGUGUACAGCCAGCAUCCUGAACCUCUGUGCCAUCAGCAUCGACAGGUACACUGCAGUGGUCAUGCCAGUUCACUACCAACACGGCACGGGACAAAGCUCCUGCCGGCGUGUGGCCCUCAUGAUUACAGCCGUCUGGGUACUGGCCUUUGCUGUGUCCUGCCCGCUCCUCUUCGGAUUUAACACCACAGGAGACCCCAGUGUCUGCUCCAUCUCCAACCCUGAUUUUGUCAUCUACUCUUCAGUGGUGUCCUUCUAUCUGCCCUUCGGAGUGACUGUCCUCGUCUAUGCGAGGAUCUAUGUGGUACUGAGACAGAGGAGACGGAAGCGGAUUCUCACUCGACAGAACAGUCAGUGCAUCAGUGUCAGGCCCAGCUUCCCCCAACACUCUUCCUGUCUUCGGCUGCACCCCAUUCGGCAAUUUUCACUAAGGGCCAGAUUUCCAUCAGAUGCCACAGGGAAAAUGGGGCAUUCAGAAGAUAAGCAAUAUCCCCAGAAAUGUCAAGACCCCCUCUUGUCACACCUGCAGCCCCUCUCCCCUGGCCGGGCACACAUGGCGCUGAGGCGUUACUAUAGCAUCUGCCAAGAUACAGCCUUCGGGCCACCAGGCUUCCAAGAAGGAGGAGGAGAGUUGAAAAAGGACGCGAGCCCUCGGAACUCCCUCAGCCCCACCAUGGCACCCAAGCUCAGCUUAGAGGUUCGAAAACUCAGUAACUGCAGGUUGUCAACAUCCCUGAAACUGGGGCCCUUGCAACCUCGGGGAGUGCCACUUCGGGAGAAGAAGGCAACCCAGAUGCUGGUCAUUGUGCUUGGGACCUUCAUUGUCUGCUGGCUGCCCUUCUUUUUGACCCACGUCCUUAAUACCCACUGCCCAGCAUGCCACGUGUCUCAGGGGCUUUACAGAGCCACAACAUGGCUGGGCUACAUGAACAGCGCCCUCAACCCUGUGAUCUAUACCACCUUCAACAUUGAGUUCCGUAAAGCCUUCCUCAAGAUCCUGUCUUGUUGAAGGAGAGGAGAGAACACCUCCUAUGUCCACCUUUAGCUGCCAUGCCACUGGGCCACUGGCCAAGGCCUGCUCCUAAAGACUCUGCCAUGACCUCUGGCAUGUCAUAGGAAGAAGAUUGCUGGAGCCAGGAUGUCUCUGAGUGGCACAUGCAAUCAACUGCUUCCUGCAAAACAGAAUGGUCUACCUCCCCAGCUAAAAUCUGACUUCGUCUUGGUAAUCUUCAAAUGGUUGGAAGGCCCCUGAGUGAUAAGCAAUAAUUCAGAAAGAAGCUGAUAAAACGUGACUCUACGCAUACACAUAAUUAUCAUCAGAGGCAUGAUCCAUUACAGUGAAGGAAAAAUGAACAGAUCUCAUAAUUCUCAACUUGCCAGGAGUCCUUGAAAUGUCAGCCAGUGAGCCAUCUUCCAGAACAGACAGCCUUCCUUCCUUCAAACCUCUAAUUCACUGUCAGGCUAACCUUGUACUGAUAUGAGCCCACUCCUUUUUGGUUAUUCCUUUCAUUCAUUGUAUCCUGAAAUAUAAUGGCAAGGCCAAUGCUGCUACCUCUUUAUGGGAUCUGUAGAGACAUCACUCACCCUGAAGGAGACAUUGUCCCACAUUGGGAUUUAAGCUUCAUUUCAAACCUCGAUGACCCUGUAUUUUAGCUCUAGCUGUGAGAUCCUUUGAUCCCAUCCCCUUACACUCAAAGAGUCUCAACACCAGAGUAAUUCAAGAUGGGGGUGUUAAGUGAAAAAGGAAUGACAAUCCCACUGUAGUAUUGUUCUUGAACCUUGUGGUUCAGAACAUGCCUUAGAUAUGCUUUUCAUAAUGCUACAAGGUUUUCUUCCUCAGUCAUCUCCAUCUCCUGUGUAACAGAGACCCAGUACUUUCAGACUCUAAGACUCAUUAAGUAUUAAGUGUCUGCAAAGUGCCUGUUACCUCCCAGGUUCUGCAUAUAUGACAAUGAAUAAUACAGAUCUUGUCCUCAAGGAGUUUGCCACCUGCUCCUGUGUUUGCCCAUUUACUUGUAGAAGAGGCUAGGGACUCGCCUAGACCACAGAGAACCUCAGAACUGAGGCACCAGGCAGGGAAGCUGUCCAAAACUAUCACAUGGACAGUCUUUGUAAAGCCCUAACACAGAUCCUAAACAUCACCAUUCCAACAACUGAGAUUAAAGGUAUCCUAUAUAAUAAAAGGCUAAUAUGCAAAUCAACUGAAUGG